AUGGCCAAGGGAAGCAAGGUAGUAUCGAAAGAAUACAUUAGCGAUAGUGAGAGCGAUAACGAUGGGUCUUCGGAGGUGGUUGAUGUGUUUGUGCCCCCAGAAAACUAUAAGAAGUGUACACAUUUGAAGUCGUUUGUGAAGGCUAAAAAUUUGAAGCAGAAGGAGCUAUGGCUUAUCAAGGUGCCUAAGUCGCUAGACGUGUCGAAGCUCAAGACUUUGCCUAUUGAUUUCACUGGUGAAGCGGAAACGGAUAUUGAGUUGAAGGGCAAGAAGUUUGCGGUGAGAGAGGAAAUACAGCAGGAGGCGUCAGCGGCCGCUGGGUCGUCGUCUUCUGAGUUGACGUUGUUGACGCCUGUAGAUAAGACGAAGUUGGCGAUCGAUGGGUCGGUGUCGAAGUCUUUUGACAAGAUCUUCACGAUAAGCGAGGCGGCGGACAUCCCCAGCAUCGACUAUUCUAAGGUGAAGGUGGAUAGGAAGGAUGUUCUUAAGAUCAAGGGUUUGAAGACGAGACACUUUGCUUCCGGGUACUAUGCUGACAAGGAUUUGAAGAAGGUGAGCAAGAAGAGAAAGGCCUGA